AAUUUCAAUUGACAUAAAAUCUUAUUAGGGUUUCAACGUUUGUGUGUAGUUAUAGAUGAGUGCAGUAAUCGCGACCGAUUUAGAGAUUGCAUUCGGUGAAUUACUGAAUGUAGUUAUAGGUCAUCAGACUCUCCAAUCUUCUACAUUCAAAACCCUACUGAAACGCCUUGAAAAUACCCUAAAAACUAUGGAGCCACUACUAUUUUGUGAAAGCUGGGGGUUGAGCAAACUGUUGGCCCGUCCUGAAAAAGAGACCAUAAUGUUCAUCUUUUACCUAGAGAAUGGGAAAGAUCUCGUUCUCAAGUGCUCGAGGAUCCGGUGGUGGAAUGUGUACAAGAAAUUUGUUCAUGCAAACAAGUUGAUUCGAUUGAACAAUGAGCUCUUAAGGUUCUUUCAGACAGAAAUGCAGGUGAACAUGGUGACCACUAGUAUUAGGAGUUUAAUUGGUAUUCAUGAUUUGGAAGAGAAAUUGGAUCGAGUACUUUCAGCUGUAACUACUCCUGUGGGCACAUCUUCUGGUUCGUGCACUGUUCCGGGGAUUCCGCAGCUUAUCGUUGGCUUGGAUUUGCAUCUUGAAGAAUUGAAGCAUAGACUGCUUAAGGAUGAGACCCAGUUGUUGGUGGUUUCAGGUCCUGGAGGUUGUGGGAAGACUACUUUGGUGAAGAUGCUUUGUAAUGACAACGGAAUAAAAGACAUGUUUGGCGAGAAUAUCUUUUAUGUUACUGUGUCGAGACCGUCUAGCAUCAAGACUGUCGCCCAAAAACUAUUUGAACAUCAUGGUGAAAAUCAUUGCAAGUUUCAGAGCGAUGAAGAAGCUAAGAAUCAACUCGAGAACCUGAUGUGGCGGAUACGAUCAGAUAAAAUGCUGCUGGUCCUAGAUGAUGUAUGGUCUGAAUCUGAAUCCCUUGUUCAGGAUCUUAAGUUCCAAAUACCAGGAUACAAAAUUGUAAUCACAUCAAGGUUCUUGUUUCCAAGGUUUAAUGCCACAUAUGAAUUGAGCUUGUUGAAUCACAACGAUGCAAGGGUUCUUCUAUGCUACUCUGCAUUUCCGCGUGACGGUAUUCCAGUUAACGUGCCAGAUGAUCUCGUGAACAAGAUUGUCAAGCACUGCAAGGGACUUCCAUUAGCCCUUACUGUAGUUGGUGCAUCACUAUGUGGGCAAGGUGCAAUCAAGUGGCGAACCACUUUCAAGAAAUGGUCUGAAGGUCAAUCUAUUUUGCAGUCACACAGCAGCAUGCUGGUCAGUCUCAGUGCCAGCAUUGAUGCACUGGAUCACGAGUUGCCUAUUGUGAAGGAAUGUUUCUUGGACUUGGGUUCAUUUCCUAAAGAUGAACGGGUUGCAGCCACGGCUCUUAUGGAUAUGUGGGUGGAGUUAUACAAUCUUGACGAAAAGGGAAUGUAUACGAGUGAACACCUUCAUGAGCUUUCAUCAAGAAAUCUCGUCCAUCUUGUUCCAAUAAGGAAAGAUGUGGGUGAACUCGAAGGCUAUUGUGAUGAACAUCAUGUCACACAACACGAUUUGCUAAGAGAGUUGGCCGUCCACCUGAGUAGCCAAGAGCCUAUCGCACAAAGAAACCGAUUGUUCAUGAAAAUCCAUAAGAAUAACUUCCCCACAUGGUGGAUUGAACAAAUAAGGCAACCGAUCAAUGCCCGCAUCUUAUCUAUUUCAACAGAUGAAGCAUUCUGCUCAAACUGGUAUGAUCUAAAAGCACCUAAAGUUGAAGUAUUGAUAUUGAAUAUAAGUAGUAAACAAUAUUCACUGCCUCAGUUCAUCGAAAGCAUGGGCCAAUUGAAGGUUUUAAGUGUCACAAGCUACGGUGAUAAUCCUGCUCAACUGCACAAUCUUCCAUCGAUUGGUGUUUUAUCCAACCUAAAAAGAAUCAGAUUCACACACCUUUCAGUUUCCUCUUCUAUUCAACCCAUCUUUGCAUUGCAAAAUCUACAGAAACUUUCCUUUGUUAUGUGUGAGCUCAGUAACGCUUUCACGAAUGAUACCACUGGAUCUCCUAUGCUACCAAAUCUCACAGAACUUGAAUUCGAUCGUUGUUAUGAUCUUAACGAACUACCAGCAGGAUUAUGUAGUCUUGUUCAUCUUCAGAAACUCAGCAUCACUAAUUGCCAUGAGCUGGAUGUUCUUCCUAAAGGGUUAGGAAGGCUGUUAAAUCUGGAAUUCUUGAGUCUGAAUUGCUGCACUAAACUUCAAGAAUUACCUGAAUCGAUUGGAAGCCUGCUUAAGCUGCGCUUUAUUGACAUAUCCGAUUGUUUGAGUAUAAGCCUGUUGCCUGAACAAAUUGGCGAGCUAUGCAGCCUGAGAGUGCUUAAGAUGAGAGGGUGUCAAGGACUACAAGAUUUGCCGGUAUCGAUGAGCAAAUUGUUGCAGCUAGAAGAAGUGAUAUGCGAUGAAGAGACGUCAUAUUUGUGGAUGGAUUUCGAAACUGAUCUGUGCAAUUUAAAGAUUAAUGUUGUCGAAGAUGACAGAUUUGAAAGCUUCAUGAAAAUCGUUCAGUAAGUUCUAAACAUCUUAUUUGUAGACUUGAUCUGUGCUGAAAUCAGUGCAGAUUGUUUACCAAUGCUACACUUUAAUUGAUAGUGUACAUGGAAAUAACGUAUUUUUUUCUAGAUCAGUUUUUGUUUAGUUAUUGUCUUUUGUCAUUUCUCAUAGUUAAAAGGCUCUAUUAUGUAAUUUAGGCGCCGUUUAUCAAAUGCUACCUAGGAACUCUGUUUGAUGGGUCA